UUAGUUUUCCCCAAGACUUUGAAGCAAUUAGAACGGUGGAGCAGUUUAAGUAGCUGUCGACAAGCAAUAGGCGCAAAUUUAUUAUCGCAAUAGAAUGAUAUGCGUAAUUAGAUUCCAAAGUGUUGAGCGAAGAGGCAUAGUACGAUUGUUAAUAAUAUUUAUGGUGGUUUUUUAUAAAUCGGAAGUGAUACAGUGUCAAGGUUAUGGAAGUCGUACUCUAACUCGUUUUGCCCAAAUUCGUGAAUUAUAUCCCAAAAUUUCCUCACAUGGCGAAGCGCGCUUUUGGCGUAUGGCCACCAAUGAGAAUUUCGAAGUUCAUCCCUGUAAACGGGAAUGUGUGCCAAAUCAACACAUGACCUGCUACUAUUACAUGGUGGUUCACUACGACGAAACAAUGGGACCAGGAUGUGAGGAUUAUUUGAAUGCUCAAAAUCGUUACAAAGUUGGAAAUCGAGAAUAUAUCAACAUAAAACAUAUAAAAAGUCAGCAGACGCAGUCGCCAUAUGACGAUUGUAAAUAUGCAGAUGGAGUACGCAGUGAAAUAAUGGUGGUGAAUGGCCAAUUGCCGGGUCCAUCGAUUGAGGCAUGCGCUGGAGAUACCAUUGUGGCAGACAUCAUAAAUAGUAUGCACGAGAUCACCACCAUUCACUGGCAUGGAAUUCAUCAAAAUUCCAGCCCCCACAUGGAUGGGGUUCCCUGGAUUACACAAUAUCCUAUUGAACCUGGUCAGGCAUAUCGUUAUCGCUUUGAAGCCGAUCAUGCGGGCACCCAUUGGUGGCACAGUCAUACGGAACAUCAACGGGCAUUUGGUUUGGCGGGUCCUCUGAUCAUAAGGCAGCCAAGAGCAGAGAAUUUUCAUGCCGCCAGUUAUGAUUUUGAUUAUGCAGAGCAUACAAUUAUGAUACAAGAUUGGAUGAGCGAUUUCGAUGAAACCAUGCCCAAGAGCAUAUUAAUAAAUGGCCUGGGUCGCAAUGUCAAUGCAACGUAUAAGAAUCCUACACUAUAUUCCAAAUUUGAAGUGGCUCGUGGCGGACGCUACCGUUUUCGUGUCAUUUACAAUGGCAAUACCAAUUGUCCAGUAUCACUAAGUAUAGAUCAACAUGACCUUUUGGUAAUAGCCAGCGAUGGUAAUGACAUUGAGCCUAUAGUAGUGCAAAAUAUUACAUUGCAUGGAGGCGAGCGUCAUGAUUUCAUUUUGCAAGCUAAACGACCGGUGGAAAAUUAUUGGAUACGUGUCAAAGGUCAUACAUUUUGUGCCAUCAAUGAGCUGCAUCAAGAGGCCAUACUUCACUACAUGGGUGCUGACGAAAUGAACAUGCCAAAGGGGGUGGCGCCUUCCUAUGCCUAUGAAACGCCCAAUGCCAUAACGUUUAACAGCAUCGACAUAAGUCCCUCAAAAAAUCGCCGACGUUACAGUUUCAUGGAUGUCAAGGCUUUACUGCCCAAUAAGCUGGUACAGAAUUUAAAACCCUACAGCACCUAUUACACCAGUAUGAACAUAGUGAACCGAGGAGGAUCUUUUCUGUUUCAAAUGGAUGAUAUUACAUUCAGCAUGCCCAAAGUUUCGCUGUUGCAAACUCGUAAUUUGGGUAUAGGCAAGUUUUUCUGCAAUCGAACGCAGCAUAUGCAAAUGGGCUUUAAUUGCCAGAAACGACAUUGCCGCUGUACAAACGUUAUAGGACCAAUGCCAGUUUUUCAAAUGAUCGAAAUGGUGAUUUCGAGUAGAUCGAAUACGGCACAUCCAAUACAUUUACAUGGCUUUACAUUUCAAGUUGUUGGCAUGGGAGUGUUGGGCAAAGAUAAAAUCGACAAGGUACAGGAAAUCGAUCGGAAAAAUCCCUUACCCAGGCGCACGAGUAAAGCACCGCUUAAGGAUACAGUGCAAGUACCAGCAUAUGGAUACACCAUAAUACGCUUUUAUGCAAAUAAUCCCGGAUAUUGGAUUUUACACUGUCACAUUUCGAUACAUUCUGAAAGUGGAAUGGCUGCUAUUAUAAAAGUGGGUGAUGAUGUCCAAAUGAAAAUGUGUCCCGUCAGCAAUUGUGGUCUAUGCAAUUCAGUGGCAUAACAAAAAAUAAAAGAAAAAUAGAUUAUACAUAUAUCACAAAUAAAAACAAUUACAAAUAUGCUAAUUAAUAAAAUAAUUUAUUUACUAUUGUAA